AAUUGUGGGUAGGUCAGAAGCCGAGAGGGCGCCAUGUGCUUUUGAGGCAGAGGGGCUGGAAGGAGACCUGGCUGUGACAGACUUGGCGUGUUUUUAGAGGGACACCGGGAUAAACGGCUCCAUUUAACAGAGUUAGCAUGUACUGCACCAGACGCUGCCUCCGGACCGCGCUGCGGGCCGCAGCGAACACACACCGCCAACAGCUUUCACGGCAGGCACCAGCCCUGUGUGCUCUCAGACUUCUGAAGACCAGUCCAGCCACCCACUCAGAUGCGAUUGCCACCCCUCCACUAGACGGAGCACCCAAACAGUAUUCCCCCAAAAUCCAACAGCUCGUCAAGGACAUAGCCAACCUCACUUUAUUAGAGGUGUCGGACCUCAAUGAGCUUCUCAAGAAAACUCUGAACAUUCAGGAUGUUGGAAUGAUGCCGAUGGCUGCAUCAGCUGUACCAGCGGCUCAGCCCACGGAAGAGGACGAAGCACCGGUCAAGAAAGAGAAGACUCACUUCACAGUGAAAUUAACAGAAUUAAAGGCAGCUGAAAAAGUGAAACUUAUAAAGGAAGUGAAGAACUGCAUCCAAGGCUUGAAUCUGGUGCAGGCUAAGAAACUAGUGGAGUCUCUUCCCCAGGAAAUCCGAGCCAAUGUAUCCAAAGAAGAGGCAGAGAAACUGAAAGCAGCUCUGGAGGCAGCAGGCGGCACGGUGGUGUUGGAGUAGACCCAUAUGUCUACCCAUUCUCCACCAUUUUGCUGCUCUUGCACUUCACCCUUCAUCCUAUUAUUUCUUAUUUUCUUUUUUACAUGACAAAGAGGAGGAUCCCGAGUGAAAAGGAAACAAAGAAAUGCCUUCUGACAUUAAUACUGUCUUUUAACAGCGUCAGGUGGGGCGGUACAACUCAGACUGAACUUUCCAGGCACACAGCCUGCACAAACUGCCGCCUCGCUGUUUCCUUCGCCAUUUUCUGUCUGAUACUUGCGUAGCAAAUAAGCUACAGAAACACUGGCCUGGGUUUCAAUUAAGUCAGUUGGUCAUUCUGUGUGUGUAUGUUAAAUUUUUCACAGAAGGAAAGAUUAUGCUGUAAGGACAUGGUUACCAUUCCCUAUAUUGAAGAACACCAGAUACUGUAUCUAGUUCAGGGGAUGGCAGGACUGAGUCCUCAUUGGUUAGAGAAUUGUUAUUACUGUGAUUAAAGUUGAAAUGUCCAUA